GCGCUCAGAAAUGAACGCAGUGACAUAAACGAACCCCAGGAACUAUUCAAGUCAAACCUGCCCAAUUCAAGAUGGUUUUAGAAAGUAUUUCAAAGAUAAUAAAAGUCCAGCUUCCAGCCUACCUCAAGAGGCUUCCGUUACCGGAGACGAUCGGUGGAUUUGCAAGGUUAACAGUGUCUGAGUGGCUUCGGCUGCUGCCUCUCCUGGGUAUCUUGGCUCUGCUGGGCUAUCUGACCAUUCGCCCAUUCCUGCCUAAAAAGAAGAAGCAGAGAGACAGCCUGAUCAACCUGAAGAUCCAGAAGGAGAACCCCAAAGUGGUCAAUGAGAUAGACAUCGAGGACCUGAACAGUGCAAAUGUGUGUUACUGUCGCUGCUGGCGCUCCAAAACUUUUCCUGUUUGUGACAAGUCACAUUUAAAGCACAAUGAGCUAACUGGAGACAACGUGGGACCGCUUAUACUCAAAAAGAAGAUACUAUAGUCGACUGCCAAUGGGAGUUUUCUUCUCACCUCCCCAGUCUUUAGCUUUCACUACUUAACAGUUAGUAGUUUUGUCUGUCUUCUGUUUUUUUUUUUUUGUUGUUUUUUUUUUUUUUUUUACAACUCUUGAUCUUGCUUUGGUGUCAUUUUUUAUGUUGGUCAGAAAAAUAAACUUCCAGAGUCUUUAUCUGAAGUGGUCCUAACACAUAGAAAAACUGUAUAUUAGGUUCUCCGGUGGCAUUGUGGAGUUAGGAAGGGUUUCUGUUUUGUUCAUUUUUGUUGGCUAACCGAAUAAUCUUUUUAUAUUACUGAAAAAUUCAGUUUUAGUCAUGUCUCAUUUUUUUAAUUUAAUCAUUUACAGAUCUUUGGGACCACUUUGGAGGGGGGAACUUGAAACAUAAUUUCACUGAUGUUAUGAGGAUUUUCAAUAAUUUGAACCCAUCAGGGGAAAUGUUUAUUCCUAGUUAAAUGGUUGUUUAAAAGAAAUACAUAAGAAUAGUCCAAUCUGCAGUCAACAUUUUGCACUGUAUGUUUUCAUUUUGGACGAUUCUCUCAUAUUAUUCAACAGCCAGCCUUUUUGUUUUUUUUUUUGUUUUCUUUCACCUGAUUCAUUUUUUGUGUGCCAAAUAUUAACAUGGAUGUGAAAUACUCUCUUAUAAAUUAUUGUGUGUAUGGGAGGCUACUUAAUACUCUUCAUAUGUAUUUUGUUAAUAGUCUUUAAACAUUUGAGCUUAACAUUUUGUAUUCAGCUGUUGCCUUCAAACAUUUCAAACCACUGCACUGUUGAGUAAUAUCCAGUUACAUACAUUUUAGCCUCACUACCCUGGUGAGGUUUGAGAACGGUAACUUAUAAAGCAUAAUAUAUUUACAGUGUACUGUAUUUUCUAGCCUCUGUUUUGUCAUAGUGGCUGUUGACUUCCUGCUGGAGCAUUUUCCUUUUUAAUUCAUCAGCAACAUUUUAUACAUAAAUGGUUUGUAUUGUCAGAUCUGUGUUUUCAUGAGGAUGUCUAUGAAUGACUGUGUGUUUUUGAACCUCUGUCAGGCUGGAAUUCAUUAAUUCUGCAUUUGAAAUGUAAAAUGUAAAAAGGAAUAGUCAGGAUGUUUAACUCAGCAGUUUUGGCAAACACAACUGCAGCCUCUUUCCCUUCUUUCACUGUUACGACUGGGGAACACUUUGUAACCUUGAGCUGAAAUAAGUGUAAAUGAAUGAAAAGGAAACAGGAAAGCUCACUCCUUU